AUGAUUCAUUGUUCGAAAUCGGAGGCAAGAAUCGAACUCACCGGACAUUGGAAGAUCCGGCCGUGGCAAGGGCUGCCGCCGGCGAAGGCCGGGGAUGGACGGUGGAGCGUCGAAGUCCCGAUGGAUCCAACGGCUGAGAUUCGAUUGGGGGGACGGAGCACCGAUCGCCGGUAUCUAUCUCCGAUCACUACCAACACCUCCUCCAUCUCUGUCUCUCUCUGUGAUCAUACAAGAAAUCGGGGUCGGAGCUCCGGCGAAAUGGUGAUAGGUGUGAAGAGUCACCACGAAGACGAAGAAGAGGAUGAUGAGGAACUCGUUCGGAGGACAACAGAUGGCUGUUCCCAGAAAGUAAAAGUAGAUGGGAAGACCACUGAUCAGAAGGCGAAUUCGCUUCGCUCGAAGCAUUCUGAGACAGAACAACGUAGGAGGAGCAAGAUUAAUGAGAGAUUUCAGACUUUGAGGGAUCUCAUACCUCAAAAUGAUCAAAGGAGAGAUAAAGCUUCAUUUUUAUUAGAGGUUAUACAGUACAUCCAAUUUCUGCAGGAGAAGUUACAGCUAUAUGAAGGGCCAUACCAAAGUUGGGGUCAGGAGCCCUCAAAGUUAAUUCCCUGGAGAAAUAGUGGUGGUCCUGUAGAAAGUUUUAUUGAUCAAUCUGAACUCACAAGGAAUGGGUCUGGUCAGGAGGAUAAUAUUGUUGUCACACCAUCCAUGCUCACUAAUGCACAUAACUCAGUAGAAUCGGUUUUGGAGGUUGCUGCAUACAAGGUAAUGGAUCAUCCACCUUUGGCAGCAAACCAAGCAAUUCCAACUCAUAUACCAUUGCAGUCUAGUGUUCUUGGGGAUGUGCCUACCCAACCUCAUCAGGCAUCCGUUUCUGAUUCUGAGCACUUGGCUUCCCAGUCCCAAUCCCAGUUUUGGCAGUCUAGACCAUGUACAACUGAGAGUGCUGUUCCAAGCUAUACUCAUGAACAGGAGAUGAAAUUUGAAAGUGAUGAAGCGAACAUUUCAAAUGCCUAUUCUCAGGGGUUGUUGAAUACAUUGACUCGAGCGCUGCAAUCUUCAGGAGUUGAUUUGUCACAGGCAAGCAUCUCAGUGCAACUUGAUGUUGGAAAACGAGCAAAUACUGCACUGACUGCUACAUUGUUCAGUGUAAAGGAUCAUCAAAACCGAAUCCCUGGCGGUCAAUCAAGGGCUGUGUAUGGGUUUGGGACAAGAUGUGAUGACUGUACUCAAGCUCCGAAAAGACUCAGGACGGAACGCAUCUAGGAUGGCAUAGCACCCCCUUCCCCCCAACUCUCUUCUGCUAUUUUCCCCCAUUUCAUUAAUUUUCUACAAAAAAAAAAAAAGGGCAAAAAGAAAAAGAGAGUAUGGGGAUGUUUAUGCCAUGUCAUGUGAUGAUCCACAGACAAAUAAUUGUACAUGUUUAUGUGCUUCAAUUUUCACAUAUGCGUGAACUUUUCUUUUCCGAGAUGAAGCUGUUACAUAUUAUCUCUUCAUUUUCUCUCGAGAGGCUUCCAUGUGAACAUUGAGAAGCUGGUUUUUGUUCCAAAUCUGUUUUUCUCGAAUGUUAACUUUCUUUCGCUCUUCAUGAAAUGUAAAAUUACUGUGAGUGUAUUACGUUUUACAAUUCCCGAAAUAGUGAAUACCUUGGAUCUCAUUUCUAGGGAUCAUUUGGAA